AUGGAUGUCGACAGCGAUAACGAGACUCGUCCCUCGCGCGACAAAGGAAAGGGCAAGUUGGUGGACGAGCCUGCCGGCAACGAGACCGCCUCCAACAACCUGCCAUGGGUCGAGAAAUACCGUCCGCAAUCGAUGGACGAUCUCAUCGCCCACAAGGACAUCAUCGCUACCAUUUCCCGCUUCAUCGACGAGAACCGGCUGCCGCACCUCCUCUUCUACGGCCCUCCUGGAACGGGCAAGACGUCACUGAUCCUGGCUUGCGCGAGGAAGCUCUUCGGUCCCAAGUACAAAUCCAUGAUUCUGGAGCUCAACGCCUCCGACGACCGCGGUAUCGAUGUUGUCCGUGAGCAGAUCAAAAACUUUGCCAGCACAAAGAAGAUCUUCAGCACGGGAUUCAAAAUGAUCAUCCUGGACGAAGCCGAUGCGAUGACCAAUGUGGCCCAAGCCGCCCUGCGACGAGUGAUCGAAAAAUACACCAAGAACGUGCGCUUCUGCAUCAUUUGCAACUACGUCAGCAAGAUCAUUCCGGCGCUGCAAUCUCGCUGCACGCGCUUUCGGUUCGGUCCUCUUCAGCACGAUCAAGUCAAGCUUCGGCUCGAUUAUGUGGUUCAGUCGGAGGGCAUCAAAAUCGACGACGAUGGUGUCAAGGCUCUGUUGCGCAUGUCCAAGGGCGACAUGAGACGGGCACUCAACAUUCUGCAGGCAACCCAUGCAGCGUACGAACACGUCACCGAAGAUGCCAUCUACCUGACCACCGGCGCCCCACUUCCAAGUGACAUGAAGAAGGUCAUUGGCUGGAUCUUCCAGAGCGACAUCACGACGGCUUACAACUAUAUCGAUCAGCUCAAGACCGAGAAGGGCCUGGCGCUGGCAGACAUGAUCCCCGCCGUCUACGACUUUAUCCGGCUCCUCGACAUCCCGUCGUAUGCGCUGGCGUAUCUGCUGGACACGAUGGCAACGAUCGAACACAACCUGUCGAUGGGCUGCAGCGAGAAGAUCCAGCUCGGGGCCAUGAUCGGGGCGUUCCGGCUGACGAUCGAUUCGGUCGAACGCAAGCUGCCGAGUGCUUGA